AUCUUGAACGAAAUAAAAUACAGUGACCAUAAGUGGCAAAGUUGUGUCGAUUUAAAAAUGGUAAACAUUCUUCUCGGUCAACAAAGUGGUUACACUAAGUUUCCCUGUUUUAUAUGUCUUUGGGACAGUAGAGCUAAACAAGAGCAUUGGGUAAGAAGAAAUUGGCCUUUGAGAGAAAAUAUGAAGCCUGAAAAGCAAAAUAUAGUCCAGAAUUCAUUAGUAGCUCGUGACAAAAUUAUUCUUCCACCAUUACAUAUAAAACUGGGGAUCAUGAACCAGUUUGUUAAAUCACUAGAUGAAGACGGAAACUGCUUUUCUUACAUUUGCCAGCUCACUAUGGAAAAGAUUAAAGCCAGUAUUUUUGAUGGGCCACAAAUUAGACAACUUACGAAAGAUACCUAAUUUAUAAAUUCUAUGACUAAGUUAUAACUAAAGGCUGGGACAGCUUUCGUCUCUGUAAUGCAGAAUUUUUUCGGAAAUAAAAAAUCUGCAAAUUACAUUGAACUUGUAGAAGACCUUCUGCUACAAUUAAAAAAUAUGAGGUCCAAUAUGAACAUAAAACUUCACUUCCUUCAUAGUCACCUGGACAGGUUUCCGGAAAAUUUAGGAGAUAUGAGUGAAGAGCAGGGAAAGCGUAUGCAUCAAAACUUACGCGUCAUGGAAGAGCGCUAUCAGAGU